AUGACUUCAAUUGACUUUUAUGACUCCUACGCAUCAGUCUUUGAUGCAUAUGCGGGAACUGCCGUACAUGACUUUCUGAAUGGCCUAAUGCAAUUCUUCUCCCUGCGUUGGGUGUUUACUCUAGAACCUCUUCGUGCUCUAUUUCAUGUGUAUUUAUUAGAAAUGACCUUUAUCGGUAAAAUCGUUAAAAUUGAAUUUUAUACAGAAAGGACGUCGGCGAAUUCCGCGAGUGGGAAUUUUGCCCAAACCCAACAACACUCGACAACACCACCAUCACCACCCUCUUGCUCACCCACCACGAACACGUCGCCCACCACGACCACAACGGACGAUGACAACACGCGACCACGACAACAACGACGGCCACGACAGACGACGACAACAAACGACCACGGCACGCAACGACGACCCCACUCACGGACACGACAACCACCCACGAACCACGAGCGCCCGCCGACACGACAAACAAGAAAGACGAGGGACAGCGACCCGCUCCCACCCGCCAACGACGACCGUAACACCCACCACCACAAACGACGCCCGCCACCCACGAAAACGACAACCGCCGCCCACGAAAAACGCCCAGCGCCCAUGAACGACAGCCGCCGCCCAUGCAAACGACAAGCGCCACCCACGAAAAGCACCCAGCACACCCAAACGACAUCUGCCGCCCACGAAAAACGCCUAGCGCCCACAAACAACAUCCGCCGCCCAUGCAAACGACGACCGCCGCCCACGAAAAACACCCAGCAAACCCAAACGACGACUCAGUCUCUCUCCCUCCACCACUCCCUCCAUCACUCCAUCACUCCCUCCCCCUCCCUCAUUACAUUAAAAUUUGAAGUUCUGACUUGGUUUAUGAACCCUUGCACAACACUACCGCUUAUUGACAUUGGAGUACCCCAACCUGCAGGAGCAGGAGAAGCAGUUUCCGACAAGGUUCUCGCAGCGUUGACAUCAGCGCUAGCUGCGGAUGCUCCAACAGCGCCGUUGUUCAACCCUGCGGCCAUCAGCCUACAUGAUCUUGUAGUCCUGCAGAGCCUCAAGCACCCGGAAUUGAAUAAGGUUGCGAAAUUUCACAACCAGAAGGCUGCGGGAACUAAUGCAGCCAUCAUCAAAUGUCUUCGUGCUCUGGCUAUGUCUACUCUUGCUUCUGCUGCCCCCAUCCCUCCUUCUCCCCCUCCUACUUCUGCUCUUACUGCCCCCAUCCCUCCUUCUCCUUGUCAAUCCCCAGUUUCAGCUUCCAUCCCUGCUCCCCCUCACCCCACAGUGAACCCCUCCUUACAUUAUCCUUCUUAUCAUGCACCUACCUAUCCUUCUUAUUAUUAUGCACCUACCUAUCAACCAGUUUCGGUCUGCAUCGGUUUUAACCGGUUUAUGACCGGUCUUUAG